AAUGAUAUGUAUAACAUAAGACCGAAUCAAGGCCUCAACUCUCAUGUAAUUUCUUAGGUAUAAUCAUCUCAUUGUGUUGAUUAUUCAUAGAUCGUAACCUAUAAAUUCACCUGAUCAUGCAUAUCCAUCUCAUCUUAUUUGUUUCUAUGUAUAUAUAUAUAUAUGUUAGUGUUUAUUUAUUUAUUCUUGUUUAUUUAAUCAACUAUAGAAUUAGAUCAUAAUACACGUUUAAAUGCAAGACAUCGUAUAUGUGAAGAAUAUUUACAAUGUUUAAAGAAACGAUAUAAUCUUAAUAUGAAUCAAUCAAAUAAUGAAAUGAAUAAAAUAAAUGCAACUGAAUAUGAUUUAAUACCGAAUCAUUUAUAUAUAUCAACAAGUGUUGAUGGUUUACAUUCAAUGGUAACAACAAUACAAAUGGAUUCAUCAAAAUUGUAUCAUUCAAUUGAUCAUACUACAUUGAAACAAAAUACAACUGAAGAGAAAAUUAUUGCAAAUAAAUGCGAACAAGAACGUGUACAGAAGAAAACAUUUACCAAUUGGUUAAACACAUAUUUGAGUAAUGCGAAUCCACCAUUGAAAGUUCAAGAUUUAUUUGAAGAUAUCAAGAAUGGAAUAGUGUUAAUAAGAAUUUUAGAAGUUUUAUCAGGAGAGAAACUACGUGCAGAAAGUCGGGUUCAAAUGAAUCGGAUACAUUGUCUAUCAAACAUUAAAACUGCAUUGGAAUUUUUACAUUCAAGGAAUGUUAAAUUAGUCAAUGUCAAUCCGACUGAUAUUGCUGACGGGAAACCAGCUAUUGUUCUUGGUCUCAUAUGGGUUAUUAUACUAUAUUUCCAAAUUGAGGAACAAGAAGAGUUACUACUGAAGAUUUUGGAUCUUCCACCUGGUUCACUUAAAGCAAGAGGUUCAGCUAAACGUGCUCUACAAACCUGGGUUCAAGAAAUUUUCGCUGGAAAAUACGAUGUUCAAAUUCGUGAUUUUGGUCCAAGUUGGCGUGAUGGUAUAGCAUUCAAUGCUAUGGUACAUAAUAUUGAUUCCAGUCUUGUUGAAAUGGACAAAGUAAAGAGUAGAACAUCAAAAGAAAAUUUAGAACAUGCAUUUACUCAAGCUGAAAAACAUUUGGGUAUACCAAGACUAUUAGAUCCUGAAGAUGUUGAUGUUGAUAGACCAGAUGAAAAGUCAAUUGUAACAUAUGUUGCUCAAUUUUUCAAAGCUUAUCCGGAUGCAGGAAGACGAAGACCUGAUUCACCUACCAAAACGAAUAUCAAACUUAAACUUGAUAAUCUAAUGAAAUUUAUUCGAGAAUCUGAGUUGAAAAUGAAAACGGUUCGGUCUGCGCGUACUAGUUUAAAUGAUCAAUAUCAGGUAUAUGAGGAAUUAAUUACAGGGAAAGAGAUAGAAGAAGUAAAUUAUGAAUCAUUAAAAGAUCAAUGGUAUUCUGGUUUAAUAUCUCAUACUGAUUCAUUAAUUAAUCUAAGUGAAAUAGAAAUUUUAGAAGAAUCAUGGAAUAAUUUUAUCAAUAUUAUGAAUGAAUGGUUAUGGGAAAUAGAUGAAAAAAUACCUGGUCAAUAUGGUCAUAUUGCUAAAUGGUUAAGUCAAGCUGAAAAAUGGUUUAAACAAGUAAAUUUAAAAUGGUAUCAAAAACCAUCUGGUACUGAAGCAAUGGGAUUUUGUAUUACAGUCAAUCAAUCAUGGCGUCCUUCAAGUGCUGAACCUCCAUAUUCUCCUCCAUCAAAUGAAUUAAUAGAUAAGUUACAAAAUGAAAGAUUAGAAAUUUUCGGAACAAAUAAUCAAAAGUUAAACUCUAUUCGUGAUGAUUUAUCUCGUGUUAUUGACAAUGAAAAGACAAACAAUUUACCUAGUACUUUAAUUGAUCGACUAAGUACACGUUUAUCAAAAGUUACUGGUUAUGAACCUGGAUAUAGUGCAGUUUUAAAUGCAGCCAAAGCUCGUAGAACAUUUCUUGAUAUAUUAUAUAAUGUUAAUCGUACAGAAACUAGUACAGGUGUUCGUAUACGUAGUCGUCGACGUGAAAGUGCUACAGGUUUUGAAUAUCGUUUUUGUAAUUGGUUGGAUCUAGUCGAUGGUAAUAUACAUACUGAAACUAGAGAGAUUGUAAAUGGAAUUCUUACCGAUUAUCAGCUUUGUUUAAAGACAGAACAUAUUCCAGAGAAAUUAGAUCAAUGUAAAUCAGAUUUAUGUAAACAUUUUAAUUUAUUAACUAAAAUUGUUCAAUAUGAUGAUCAACUUAUACCAAAAAUGUCUUUGGAUAUUAUUCAACGAUGGCAAGAUGAUUGUGAAAUGAAAUGGAAUAUAGAUAAAUUUAAUCAAUUAAUACAAUUAGGUGAACGUAUUAAACAACGUUUAACAUUAUGGGAUAAAUUAGAUCAUCGUGUUAGAAAUAUAGAAAAUUGGUUGUCACAAUUUGAAGAUUCGAAAUUUUCUGAAAAUGAUUGGUUCAAUCGACGAGAUGAAAUAUUUGUGUUAUUAGAAGAAGCUAAUGAAGCUGCUCAUUAUCUUGGUGAAUCAGCCGAUCAUCAUAGAUUGGAAAUGUUUCGUAAAAGGAUUGAGAAACUAGAAUCCGAUAUUUCAAAAAGAAGACAAGCUAAUUUAGAAAAAGUGGAAGCAAAACGAUUAGCGGAUAAAUUAAAACUUGAAAAUGAAUUAAAUAAUCAUUUAAAUCAAAUAGAAAAUUGGAUCAAUUCAAUAAAAGAUUUAAUUGAAAAUAAAACGAAUGGUAAAUUGAAACAUUUACAAGUACGUUGUACAUCGAAUGAAUUAUCGAUUAUUGUUGGACAAUUACAAAAUAUUUUAGAUGAACAAUCAAAAAUUACAGAACAUUUACAAAAUGCUACUAAUCUAAGUCAAGAUCCAAUAAUUCAACCAAUACAAUUAGAACAAAAUGAACGUUUAUUAUAUUUAGAAGAAUCAAUGGAGAAAUUUAUUCAUUUAUUACCAAUAAAAUUAAAAGAUUUAACGGAUAUAACAGAGAAAACUAAUGAAAUUGAAAAUAAUUUAAAUCAUAUUCAAUUACAACUAAAUGAAUUAGAACAGAAACAAAAUAAUCUUUUCUUGGAAACUGAUAUUCAUACAUGGGAAUGUUCAUCAUUAUAUCUUGAAUUCAAUGACUGUCGUGGACAUUUAACAUUUACUAAUGGUCAAGUCAAUGAUUUAGAACGUGCACUUAAUUUACAAGAUAAUCGUGGUAUGUCAAUUUUAAACAAAUUCAGCGUUGAAGAAUUAUAUAAUGAAAUAAAAGGUUUCAAUGAUCGUCUUAAUAAUACUGAAAAAGUAAUUAGACGUAAACUUAUUCAUAAACAAUCAAUUAAUGAAACAUUCACAACAUUAAAACAACAAAUGGAUGAAAUACAAAUAGCUUUAAAAGAUUUAAAAUAUGCAUCAUCAACUAGUGGAGGGAUUAGUAAAGAAGAUUUAUUGAAUUUGUUGGAUAAUUUAAAAACAUUACGCCGUAAAUACACCGAAAGUAUCCAAACCAAUGAUAGACGAUGUCAGAAUUUCUUAAAUUCAGCUGCUUCUCAAGGUGAUGGUGAUAUGUUACUCAAUGAGAUGAAAAUGAAAAUAUCUCAAAUGAAAAGUGAUCUAAAUGAACAUUGUACAGAAAUUGAUAAUGAAAUGCAACAAUUAGAUAUUCAAUUAAAUAAAUCAUUAACAAAUCUAUAUGAAAUUGAAGAAAAAACAAAACAAACCGAUCAAUGGUUAAUCAAUCAAGAAAGACGUUUAACUACUUUAUCAACUGGACCACCGACACAAUCAUGUGAUAGAGUAGAUAGUAUAUCAGAACAAUUAAAGUCUCAUCAACAAUGGGUAGAUGAAUGUAAAAAUUUACUUGAAAGCAUAAAAAAAUAUUCUCAACAACAUAAUCUAAAACCUGAACGAGAUGAUGUUGAUUCUGUUUUUGAAACUGCAUCACCACUAUCUGAUUUAGUAGGAAUGAUGUACAAAAGAAUGGAACAUUUAGAAACUGAUACUAAAAAAGUAUACAAUAUAGCAGAAGAACAAUUAAAGAAUAUAAAUUCAUUUUCAAUACAAUUAGAAUCGUCUUAUCAAUGGUUAUCUCAAUGUUAUCAUGAACAUAAUGAAACAAUCAAUAAUUUAAUUAAUAAUAAUAAAUCUAAUCAAAUCAAUUUAUUAAAUCAAUUACAAAUGAAACAUCAAUAUUUAAUGAAUUUUGCUAUAUUACUUAAUAAAGAAGGGAAUAUACAAUUAAUAAAAUGUCAAAAUGAAAUUCAACAUCUUAUUGAUUUCAAUGAUAAUUAUGAUAAUACAUCUAUGAUUAUAUUAGCACGUAAAGAAUUAUCUAAAUUUCAAUUAGAAUUAAAUAAUAUUAUUAAUGAAAAUGAUAAAGAAUUAAAAGAGAUCGAAGCUCAAAUCGCUCGUCAAUCCAAAUUUCUCAGUAAUAUUGAAGCUGAAGAGAAAUGGUUAAAUGACAUUGAAAACAAGAUUAAUCAAGAUCACAGUCAUUUAAACAGUUCUCAAUCUACUGCUGAACUAUUACAGGACAUUCAAACUGAGACCGAUCGUUAUAAUCAAUUACUUAGUAAUGUAAAUACGCAUGAUCAACAGAUUGAUGAACAGCUACUUCCUGAAGUUCAGUCAUUGAAAGAUUCUUCAUCUUUGCAAAGAAUUGACAAUUUGAAAGGUAAAAUCAAAACUUUGAAACAAAAUUUGGAAAAAAUGAUUUCUGAUAUGAAUAUACAAGCUACAUCAAUUCAUGCUUUUCAACAAGCUGUGGAAAACUUUAGAUUUAAUCUUAAGAAUUUUGAACGUCAGAGGAGUUCAAUCUUAGAAAUACAGACAGUUAGUUAUGUGAACAUGGAAAGUGAUAGUCAGUUAUUAGAAGCGUCUUAUGUGAAUAUGAAAAAGCAAAUUGAAGAUCUUCUUACAAAUCAAUCAGAAUUAAAAACACAAUUUAUGCAUAUUGAAUAUCUUAGUCAAUCUAUUCAAUCUAUUUCAAAUGAUGAUUUAAUGCAAUGUCAACAAGAAAUGGAACAAUUUUUUAAUAAACUUCAUAUAGAUUCUAAUGAUAUUCAAUCGAUUUUAUUAAAAUUAAUUAAAUUAAAUGAAUUAAUUAAAAAUGUUCAAAAUUUUUUAAAUAUUAAUCAUAACCAAUUUUUAUUGAUUUUAAAUAAAGAAUCAAUAAUAUCGAUUAAUUAUGAUCUAGAACAACUUUAUCAAUUUUAUCAAUUAAAUUUUAAUGAAAUUAAAUUAAUUUGUAAUCAAUUUGGUAUAGAAUUAUCAUGUGAAUCACCAUCAAAUCGUAAUCAAUCAUCUAAAUUAUCAAUAAUUGAAAAUGAAAUCAAUAAUCUAUUAAAUGAUUUAAUAAAAACAUAUACAAAACAUUCAAAAUUUUUUAUUUCAUUACAAAAUGAUUUAUAUCAACAAAUUAAUCAAUUAACCAAUGAUUUAUUUCAUCGAUUAAAUCAAUUAUCACAAUUAAUCAAUAAUUUAAAUCAUAUAUUCACAUGUUAUCAUGAAGGACAAAAUAAUAUUGAUUUAAUUCAAAAAGAAUAUCAAACAAUAUGUUUAAAACAAAAUAUUGAUCCGUAUGAUUAUUUAAUUCAAUCAAUUAAUCAUUUAUUAAAUCAAUUACAAAUCAAAAUUGAUCCAAUACAAAUGACAUUGAAUCAAUCAAUAGAAACAACUUGUAUAAAAUAUCAAUCUAUAAUCAUCAAUGAUAUAUUAUCUAAUUGUUUUAAACAAUUUCUGAAUAAAAAAGAUUUAUUAAUGAAUAAUAUGAAAGAAACCAUUGAAUUAUAUAAACAAUCUAAUCAAAUUGAAAUGAAUUAUUUCAAUAAUUUCAAUGAAUUCAAUAAUGAAUUUAAUCAAUUAAAAAAUUCAUUAAAUCAAUUAUGUCAUAUAAAAAUUAUUGAUCAAAUCAAUAAUAUUGAUUUUAAUCAACAAUUAAAUUCUAUGAAUGAACAAUAUACAAAAUUACAUAAUCGUUAUAAUAAUUUAUAUGAAAAUUUUAAAGAAACAAAUAUACAAAAUAAUAAAAUCAAUGAAUUAUUAUCAAUGAAUUCAAUUAUGAUUCAACAAAUCAAUGAAAAUUUAAUUCAAUUAAAACAAAAUUAUGAAUUACAAAAAAAUAAUUAUGAAUUAAUACAAAAUAAAUUAAAUCAAUCUAUCGAUUAUUUAAAUAAAUAUCAAUUAGAAAUUCAAAAAAUUAUUGAUCAAUUUAUGAUAAAUUCAAUGAAUGAUUUAUCAUUGGAACAAAUAAUCAAUAAUUUAUUGAUUGAUUUCACAGAAUAUAGAAAUGAUAUCAAUAAUAUUCAACAAAUAAUCAAUAAAAAUGAUCAAAAUUUAAUCGAUAAUAAAAAUAUUAAGAAAAUGAAUGAUUUAUAUCAAUUAAUUAUAGAAAUCAUUCAAUUAAAUAAAACACAGGUUUCUUCCCUUUCAUCAUCUUCGUCAUCGUCAUCAACAACAACAACAACAACAUCAACAGCAAAUCAAUUGAUAAGUUGGAAUAAUUUUAUAAAUCAUUUAAAUAAUUUAAUAGAAUGGAUUGAAAAUACUACUAAUGAAUUUAAAGUAAUACAAUUAAAUUAUCGAAAAUUAAUAAAUAAAAUUGAACAAUUCAAUAAAAAUUAUGAUGAAAUUUCUAAAUUAAUUAAUGAAAAAUCACAACAUUUACAAAUUGAUAUAAAUUAUCUAAUACAAAAUCAAAAAUCAAUAAAAUCAAUGAUUAUGAAUGAUUUAAAUAAUAUUAAACAAUAUCAAUUAUUUAAUUUAUUGAAUAAUUUUCAAUCAAUUAAACAACAAUCGAAUCAAUUAUUUAAUAAACCACAAUCAAUGAAUAUAAAAUUGAAAUUUAUAGAUGAUCCUUCUAUACAGGAAUUUAUUACACAAAUGGAACAAUCAUUACAACUAUUAUCUAAUCAAUUAAAUGAUAAUAUAAUAAAAUGUAAAAAUCUUUUAACUGAUGAAUAUGAAAUCAAUAAAUUAUAUAAAUCAAUACAAGAUUGGAUAAUCAAUUAUGAAAAUGAUAUAAAAAAUAUCGAAGAUAAUAUAUCAGAAAUCAUCAUUGAACCUAAACAUCAACCACAAUUAAAUUUAUCACCAACUCAUAAAACUAUUGAAAAACAUUUAAGUAGUAUAAACAAUAUAGAAGAAAAUUAUUCACAAGGUGAAAACUUAUUCGAUAUAUUCAUGAAUAAAUUUAAUCAAUAUGAUGAAUUAUAUAAUAAUACAGAGCUGAAAGAACUACAUAAUCGUAUUAUCACAUUAGAUAAAUCACGAAUCAAUAAUAUAAAAACUAAUUUAUUACAACUUAAAGAUAAUUUAGAUAAUCUUACAUCUAAAGGGAAUGAUAUUGAUGAACAAUUAACAAAAUAUGAACAAUCUAUUGAUAAAUUAAAACAAACUUCAAUGAUAUUCAAAAUCAGUAAAUUAGAAGAUUUAUUAAUUGAAGAAACAUUCAUGGAUACAAUGAAAUGGAAUGAUUUAUUAAUUGAAUUAGAAAGAUUUAAACAUGAUAUAUUAGAUCCUUAUGAAAUAUUGCAUAAUAAAGCUACUUUAAAACCAUCAAAAGAUUAUGUGAAUAGUUUUAAAACACGAUAUAAUCAAUGUUUAACAAUAGUAAAAGAUAAAAUUAAAGAAUUUGAAAAUUAUACAUUGAAAUUAAAAAAAUUAAAACAAAAUGUUGAAGAUUUUAAUAGAUCUCUUGAAGGAGCCAAUAUAAAAUAUAAAACAUUAACAAACCAGUUUAAAAUUGAAUUUGAUGAACAAUAUACUCAUUGUAAACUCAGUGAAAUAUGUCAAUCAAUUAUGAAAAUAAUACAACAAAUCAUUGUUAAUUUAAAAGAAUAUGACUUAAAUAUUAUGGAAAAAUUACAAACUACUGAAAAAGAUAUAAGUAGUCAAGUUAUAGAAUGUGAAUUAAAAUCAGCAUUUGAAAAUUCAUUCAUGUUUGAUCGAUUCAUUUCAUUGAAAACCGAAUUAACCGAUUAUACAAAUAAUCUUAAUGAAUUAUAUAAUCAAUUAAAUAAUCUUAAUAUCGAUAUUGUUAAUUAUGAACAAUGGUUUAACAAUUUGGAUAAACAAUAUCAACAAACUAAAAUAGAAUAUAAUAUAGAAAAUAUAUUAUUGAAUAAAAGUAAUUUAUAUCAAUCCAUAACUGAUAUAUCAAUUCAUGAUAUAGAAAAGGAAUCAAAUCAUAAUUCAACUCAUUUAGUAGAACUUCAUUUACAAUAUCAAAAAUUAUUACAAACACUUUAUGAAUUACGUAAAUUAUUUAUAGAAUAUAAUCCAUCAAUUCAUAUAUUAACAGAAAAAUUAUUAACAUUCAUUAGACAAAUAAUCAAUAUUCAUAAAUCAUUUACAAAAAUCAAUAUUCAUAAUCAGUCCGAUGAACAAAUGAUAAUACAUCCUAUAAUAUAUGGUAUUGAUAUCAUUGAACAAAAUUGUAAUUAUAUUAAACAAUGUAAUCAACAUUUAAUCAAUAAUAUUAAUUAUGAUAUUAAUAUAAUACAAAUUAAAUUAACUUAUUUUAAUCAAUUAAUACAAUCGAAUAAAGAUUUAGAUUUAUGGAUCAAAGAAAUUUUACAAUUAAUCAAUCAAAUUAAACAAGAUAAUCAUGAGAAAAAUCAAUAA